AUGGGGGUGGAUGCACAAAACACCCAGGCUGCAGCAGCAGCAGCAGUUGCAGCAGCAGCUGCUGCUGCAACCACAACAUCUUCAGAUGCUGCGGAUUCAAUAGUAUCACCAGAAGCAGCGGUGGCAGCUGCUGCACCAACACCAGCGGCUGCAGCGCCAGGGGCAAAGACGACUGCGACUGCAGGAGGGCACUCUUCAGCAGCGGAAUCAACUGCAGCACCAGAAAAAUCUGCUGCAGCUGCUACAGCACGAACGACUACAGCACCAACAGACAAGGCUGCAAAUGCACAGACGGGGUCGCGUUCUGCUGCUGCGGAACGCUUACGUUUGCUGCUAUCUUGUUGGAAGAUGCGUCUAGUGUCUGCUUUUUUUGCGCUGACGUUACUGCUGCUGCUUUUGUUUGUUCUGUCGUUCGUUUUGAGGCAGUUGAAUCCUGUUCAAUACCACCAGCCGCAGUCGACCCUCCUAAGCUCCAGUGCAAUGCUUCUUCUUCUUCAGAAGCAACAGAAGCAGCAGCAGCGCCAGCAGCAAAAACAGCAGAAGCAGCAGAAGGAGAAGCAGCACCAACAACAGCCGCGGGGGGUAGAAGAAAAUUUGAGGUCUGAACAGCAAUGCCCACUGUCGCCGCCUCCGGAGCAGCUGCUUCUGCAGCAGGAAGAGGGCGUCAGCACUUGCCCUUCCCUCAACGUUUGCAGCAGCAGGGCGAACCUGCUACUUAAGCAGCUGUCGAACAAGAAACAGCAAGUGCAGCAAGCUUCUGUUGAUGCGCAAUACUCGGCGUCUCCUGCUACAGAAGCUGGAGAAGCUACAGGAACUUCUCACCCUUCCGUUGCACCAGCGGCACCACCAGCAACAGCAGCAGCAGUUGCUGCUGCUGAUGCAUUUGAAGGGUGUUCAAUGCUUCGAGUAUCUUUCGGCACCCAGAGGAAAAAGCGGGAAACGGUUUACCCAAAGCUGCAGCAAAAACAGCAACUGGAGCAGCAGCAACACAAGGAAGAGGACCAUCUGGGUCAGGAGCACAAGCAUCUCCUGCACCUGCACAAGCAGCAGGUGCAGCAGCAUCAGCAGGAGCAUGAGCGGCAGCAGCAGCAGCAGGCUGGGGAGCUGUUAGGUUACUGGCACCGCAUGCACUCCGUGUAUGCAGCAGCAACACCCCCUACAUUUAUUAGCGACAAACAUUUCAUUUUGCAGCAGCAGAACGAACAUUUCUGGACUGUUACCAGUAGCAGCAAAGAAGGAAGUGUUGUAGCCUAUGCAACAGCAGCAGCAACAAGAAGCAGCAGUAGUAGCCGCCAACACACACUCACCUGGUGGGUCAAAAAACCCCUGCAGCAGAAGCAGCAGCAACAGUGGGACUGGGUCCGCUCCUUGGUUUGUGAGUGUGUGGCUACUGAUUUCGUUUCCUUGCCUGCCUCUCCUCCUACCUCAGCUGUGUCUUCCUCUCGCGACACUCUUUUUGGCCUAGAAGCAGCAAUUUCUGUUGCGUGUUUUGGUGCCGAUGCUUCUGCAUUCUUUUUUGCUGCCGACAACCAGAAUAUACACCCUAGUUGCUUUCAGCUGCUGCUGCAGCCAAGCGGAAGCCAGCUACUAUUGUUGGAGCGUUUGCUAGAGGCUUCACAGGCACUCCUGCAGGACCUGCAGCAGCAGCCGAUUUUGCAACCACCGCAGCAGCAACAACAACACCAGGGCCAACAACAGCAUCCGGAAAGCCAAGGAGACGGAGAAAAACAGAGUGACGAAGAGAAAGAAGAAAGCGAGCAGGAGAAGGAACGAGAAGAAGGAGGAGAAAUAGAUGCAGCACAACAGCAGCAGCAAGAGUUCUGCCCCCGGCUGCGAGUCUGGGGUGGUUUAGGGGCGGGAGCAGCGUCAGGGUGUACAGGCAACUUUGUUUUUAUAUCAAAGCUGUUCGAUGACGACAGACUCCUCUUCAGCUCCUUCUCCCUAGAUGGGAGGAAGAUGUUUCUGAUCCUUGAAAAAGACAAAAUUGUAUGUGGAGCGGAAACUGCAGUACCAGCAGCACUGGGGAUUCACACGCAAGACAGCGGCAACACCAGCAACAGCAGCACAAUCUCGUCAUUCGAUGUCGGGCGAGGUGAAGCGCCAUUUUCUGCCGAAUUCAGCAGCUGUCGGCAGCAGCAUCAACAACAACAGCAGCAGGAGGAGCUAAGCCGGCAGAAUCAGCGGCAGAAGCAGCAGGCGAAUCAUUCUCUGCUGCAACUGCUGCUGAUGAGCAACACGGUACAGUUGGAGGGAUUUUGGCUACGAGAAGAUGGAAGCUACACACAUGCGAAGAUGGGGUUGGAGGACAAUUUGUGUUCGGCUCUGUCUGUCGUCGGUUCCCCCUUUGCAGUAUUAAAUGGUCUGUGGAGGCAACAGGGAACUCACAACAGGAGGCCAGUAUUCAUCAAACGUGUCAGCAGGAUUACCCUUGCUGCUGCUGCCCCUGCUGCACUUGUUGUUCCCGCAGGUGCGGAGGAUGCAGCGACGGGGCUAGGCGCUGCAACAGCAACAGCAGCCAUAGCACAUACAGGAGCAGCAGCUACUGGAUUGGAAGGGUUAGGAGCAGCAACGAAAGGCACUUCGUCAGCAGCAGUAACAGAAGGCAUGUUGCUGCUGUACUAUGAUACAGCAGGUUUCUGGGCAGUAUCUGUCUGUAAGGGAGGUGAAGACCUUCUACGGUGUGCAGGCAGCUCAGGGCGAGCGUACAGCAAAGCUAAUCAGGAGGGAAGAGAAGGAGGCAUUAGCAUACAUGGAGAGGAAAAAGAAAGGAAGAGGCACCGGAUGGCCCAAGGGGCGACUGCUGCAUCAGAAGAGGCAGGCAAACCAACAGAGGCAAAGAACCCGAAGAACGCCAGAACAAACAAAGCGCAAGGUACGCAAGAGGAAGAAGGAGAGAUAAUAAAGACGGAUAAGGAGACAAAAACAAAAGAGGGGAGUGUUUAUCAUGAGGAACAAAGCAUAACCACAAACAAGAAACGAAGCAUGCGAAGAGAGGAACCUAAUGAGGGAGACGGAUACGUACACAGUAACAAGAAAGAGAAAGGUGUAGUAUUCAUGAGAGAAGCAGAAAGGAGUUCAGUAUACACCCCAAAACUAAUUGCUGUUUCUUUUGCAGAUUCUCCCUCUCCUCCAUCGGGCCCUUGGCUGUUUUUUUAUAGCCAAGGGAAUAACAACAAAAACCUUCAAAAUGAAGGAAGGACAAGAGUUAAAUUAACAACACAAGAAGCUGCAGCAAAAGCAACAGCAGCAGCAACAGCAGCAAAAGCUGCGAAUACAUAUCAACAUUCAGUUAUCUAUAAUCUUAGCGUGGGUUGCACGCACAGCAGAAAGCGGCUAUAA